AUGACGUUUUCGGCGUUCUGUGGUGUGUGGAAUUGAAUUUUGACUUGUGUGUUUAAUUUCCUCUGUUUAAAUAAUGUUUGGAUUGUUUAGAAGUUUAACAAUUGGUUUCAAAAAAUACACGAUUUUCAUGUAUUAAAAAUUCAAUAUAAUAACAAAAACAAGAUUUUUCAACUGUGGAUAAUUUGGUCUCAGGUUCGUAAAACAAAAUGAUCUCUCUCCACUUGUUCUUGGUGGCUAUUUUUAUUUCUACUACUUAUUCAGUUGAAGUCAACCCUAAAAUAUUUAUAAACAAUGUUGAAUGCUUGGUUGAUUUAAGCACUCAAUUAGUGAAAGGAGAAUGCCGUAUAUCUUUGGAAAACAAUGAUGAUAAGCCUGUGAAUUAUGUUUUGUAUGCAUUUGAACCUUCAAUUAAAAGUCAUGUUUCGUUUGUUUCUGUUCACCAAGUAUUUGAAUCUAAUCGUUUAAGUUUGAAUGUUAAACCAGUAAUACAACCAGGACAUGAAGAUAAACAAUUUUAUCAAAUUGAUUUUAAUGCAUCACGGCCAUUAAAAUCAAAAAGUCGUAUACCAUUAGUAGUUGAGUAUAUAUUGACUAAUGCGUUAUAUCCCCACCCUGAAGAAAUAACUCAAAAAGAUAGACAGCUAAUGAUGUUUUAUGGUAAUGCUUAUUUUUAUUCUCCAUAUAAUAGUCUUAAAUCUUCUGUAAAAUUUCAAACCGGAACCAGACGGAUAGAAGAUUACACUAAUUUCAACCCAGUAUCAUUAAGCUCUGGAGAUAUUAUAUAUGGUCCUUAUGGUUCAUUAGAACCAUUUGCAUAUUCCCAAAUAAGUAUACAUUAUGAUAAUAACUCUCCAUUUUUAAAAGUUACAAAAUUGACCAGAACCAUUGAAUUAUCGCACUGGGGAAAUGUAGCUGUUACUGAAGUAAUUGAUCUCAUUCAUCAUGGUGCUAAAUUGAAAGGAUCAUUCUCUCGUUAUGAUUAUCAACGUGAAACUAAUAGUGGAUUAUCAAGUGUUAAAUCAUUUAAAAUGUAUCUUCCUGCUUCAGCAACAAGUGUUUACUAUAGAGAUGUCAUUGGUAAUAUAUCUACAUCAAAUCAAAGAACUCUUUUAGAUUCUGUUGAAUUAGAUAUUCGACCAAGAUUCCCUCUAUUUGGAGGCUGGAAAACACAUUAUACAAUUGGUUAUAAUGUACCUGCUUAUGAAUAUCUAUUCAAUAGUGGAGAAGAUUAUCUACUAAAAAUGCGACUAAUUGAUCAUUUAUAUGAUAACAUGAUAAUUGAAGAUAUGACAGUACGCAUUAUACUUCCUGAAGGAUCAGUAGAUUUGGAUCUUAAAACAAAUAAUGCAAUUGUACGUUUACCUGAUGAUUUACAUUUUACAUAUUUAGAUACAAUAGGUAGACCAAUGAUACAAUUAAAAAUGUCUAAUGUUGUAGAAAGUCACAUCAGUGAUUUUGAAUUAAAAUACAAAUUUCCAAAAGCAUUCAUGUUUCAUGAACCAUUAAUUGUUAUUGUUGCUAUUUACAUUCUAUUUUUGACUGUUAUUAUAUGGGUUCGUUUGGAUUUUUCAAUAGCCAAGGAUGGACACAGUGAGACACGUCAGCGCAUAUCUGGAAUAAUGAGUGCAAUUAUGCAUCACAUUGACCGUAGAUCUUCUAUAUUUAGCUCUUGGGAUGAAUCCUUAAAUAAAUUAAAACAUUCUAAAGAUAUUGGUGCAUAUAAUACUGCUGUUAAACAAAUUCAAGCGGAUUAUAAAAAUGAAUCAACUAGCAUUAAUGAAUUAGCUACCAAGUUGAAAACAGAAUCAGUAGAACUAACAGAAAAAUUAAAUGAGAUUCAAAAGAUUGAAAAAAAUUUAAAAGAACUUUUUGGACAGACUCAGUCUUUAUAUACUGAUAAACUUAUAACAGGUAAAGUUGGAAGAAAUCAGUUUGUUGACUUAGAUAAUGGUCUUAAGCGAAAAAAAGAUGAAUGCCAAGAAAAAAUCAAUCAACUGUUAAAAUCAUUAAACUAAUUUAUUAAUGUUAAUUUUACACUUAAAUUUAUUAUCCAGUCAUAAAAUGAUAAUUAU